UCGGUAGUGGAGCGCAGCAUGGACAUGUUGAAGGGCAGGUGGCGAUGUUUGGAUGCAUCGGGAGGGAGACUGCUAUACGACCCCGAAAAGGUUUACCAGAUCAGCCUAGCCUGUUGUGUGCUACACAACAUCUGUCUAAGCCAUGGCAUAGAGCUAAGAGAAGACGAAAUGCGCUGGCUGGAAUACGCACAUCACUGCACUGAGAAGACGGGACCUGAUUCACCAACUAUACCAACAGGACGGCCUCGGAUAAUACCCUACCAUGAUGGGGUGGAAGAGGAAGCUGGUGAAGGCCGGCGACACCCUGAUGCAGGACGGGCCGAAGAGGAAACUGGUGAUGGCCGGCGAGGCCCGAUGCUGGUGCAGCAGGUGCAUGCUGCCGCAGAUACGUCUUCUGGUGCUGCUCGUGCCGCAGUCGGGGCGUUUUGA